AAAGGUCGGUGAGGAAAACUGAAUGUUUUUUUUAUGUAUCCACCAUGUGAAUAAGGAUGUCCAUUUUCUAGUGGUGUGUGCCGUGAGGUGUUGGUCUUUCUUUGGGCAACAAGCACUUAAUUUUGAUUAUGUUGAUGUAGCCAACAGCGUAACGGAUAUGCGCAACAAAUCGCUAGCCAAAAAAAAAAAAUAAAAUAAAAUAUGGAUGCGAUUUUAUUUAGUUGUCCUUGGAAAAAUGUUGAAGGGAAAUAAGGAAGGGAAAACAUCUUGCGAAAAACAAAAAUACAUCCUAAACUUGGACAAUCUAUUCAACCAAAAAGGGGAGAGGGGACAUUAGGUAGUCUGCCACGCGGUCCCUCGGGUGCAAGACGUUCGUUUUUUUUUUUGUUUUGUUUUGUUUGAGACAAAAAUUGUGCGGACGUUUUUGCCAAAAGGAUUCGUACCAUUACUCCGUCGAAUUUGUGGGGAAUUUUCUUUUCGAGUGGCCGUUGUUGUCCGAUCACCUCUGGCAGUGAGUGCACAAAUGAACUGGGUUUUAUGCUAAUUUUUUCUAUUCAAAUGGCUAGAAGGUAAAAAAAACUAUUCUCAGUUCCUAUUGAAAAUAGAUACACAGACGUCAAACAACCAGUUGCUCGGCUAUAAUAGGUUUCGAAUGCCAUGAAUAUCGAAUGGAAUACGAGUCGAUUUCUCACCGGGACUACCCUCGUACCACGUGACUCAACUGUACCAUCAUUUCUUGUCCAUAUUUGAACAUUUCCUGAAACGUGACAGUUUUCACAUCAAAAAGUAAAUCGAAAAUUCUGUGAACAAUGACGUCACUGUGGUCGAUCUUCGUCAUGAAUCGGAGCGUGGCCAAUAAUGUCGUCAGUGAUUGCCAUUCGAUGGACGCUGGUGGUCACCAGAUUCACCAAGAAAAGAACUCUAAUAAUAAUUCAUCAUCUUCGAUUUAUUCAUCGAUUUCUAUCGGCGAUUGGGACGAGUGGGACGAGUCGCUAUGGACACCCAGACAACGUCAAUGGCUCGAACAAGGCGUCGUCCCUCGUGAGGUCUACGUGACUCUGAGCGUCAUCUUAAGUCUUGUCGUCGUCUUCGGAUUGAUUGCCAACGCCACCAUUCUCUACAUUUUCUCCAGAUUUAAAAGGCUUAGGACUCCCGCCAACGUCUUAGUCAUCAAUUUGACUGCCUGUGAUUUCAUCUCGUGUCUCAUUCACCCGAUGGCCGUUUAUUCGUCCUAUCGUGGUCGUUGGUCGUUCGGCAAAACUGGCUGCAAUUUGUACGCUACGGGCAUCGGAUUCUUUGGACUCAACAGCAUCGUAACAUUAUCGGCCAUCGCCUGCGAACGCUACAUUGUCAUCACGUCCAGCAGCUGCCGCCCAGCCGUGGCCAGAUGGCGUAUCACUCGAUGUCAAGCACAAAAGGCUUGCGUGGCUAUUUGGCUUCAUUGCGCCGCUCUUGUGGCUCCCCCCUGGCUCCUGGGAUGGUCUUCUUACGAGCCGGAAGGCGUUCUAGUGACUUGUUCCUGGGAUUACACGACGCGGACGCUCUCCAAUCGGCUCUACUAUUUGUAUCUGCUCUUCUUCGGAUUCGUCCUGCCUGUCUCUGUUUUGACGUUCUGUUACGUGGCCAUUUUCCGGUUCAUCGUACGCUCGUCCAGGGAGAUGACUCGAAUGAUUAUGACCAGUCACGUAAAAUCGCCGUUCAGCACGGCCAUAACGUCGUUCCGCAAACGGCGCAGGCAAACGGACGCUCGUACAGCUAUGAUCCUUUUAUCACUGGCCGUGCUCUGCUACACGGCCUGGACACCUUACGCCAUCGUCAGUUUGAUCGGCCAGUUCGGUCCAGUUGACGAAGACGGCCAAUUUGAGCUCUCGCCAAUGGCAACGUCCAUCCCUGCGUUCCUGGCCAAAACGGCCAUUGUUUUCGAUCCGCUACUCUACGGAUUUUCGCAUCCGCAAUUCCGCUCUUCCGUCCGCCAGGUUUUGCAGCACAACAGCUUUGCAGAGAGCAGCAACAACGGCCUCGUUCAACGAGGUGUCGUUGCCAAUAAAGGCCAUCCGCACGGAGCCACGACGCUUAUGAUGGUGACGGCUGGAUUACGUCACACCGCUACGCGUCAACAUUUGCGCAGCCAGUCACUUCACACCAGUUCGGCGGCUGUUUCAUGGGCCAAAUCUGUCAGGAACGCAUCAUCCGAGCACGACAGCGACACGCAUCAAUCGAUUAACGAAAUCAACAACGUCGUUUACCCGUCGUUAAACGGAAGCAUCCCGCCGACUUCACAAUCGAACGAAACAAUUCAUCGCGUUUGCAGUCAUCCUAAAAGAGCCAUGAGUUUGGCCACCAUAAUGUGGAACAAGAAUCACCUGAAGAAAACAGCAGAUAGUUCAGAGACUCUUACAAGAGGGAGCAGCUGUCGAGAAAACGUUUACAGCUGCUGGACGUCCGUUACGCGGUCCGAUGGCGACGCAUUUUAUUUAUUAAACGAUGGAAAACAAUGGGCAGAAAAAUGCCGUCAGCCGUGGAUUGUUACGGACGGAAGGCGAGUGUUUUAUCCGUCACGCGCAAUGAAUGCCGAUAAGAAGAACAAAGGCCAGCAAAGUAGUCGGAAGGAAGCGACGAGGCGUCUGUCCGAGUCGGACCUUCUGCAGCGGAUCGCCAGCCGAGAAAAGGGAAACCGUCGCAAGAAGCCAGUGGCACUCAGAUCCAUUGGAGAUCUAACGGCUCACGUGAUUGAAAAUGAUCCGCUUUUCGUGGUCGUUGCUCUACCGGCCCGGCCAGUGAUUAUCGACGAUUGUCAAUUAUCCAGCAGCAAGAAAGGGAAAAAGCGGAUCGCUUCGCCGCUGCAUUUCCCUAAAUUGAACCGAUCGGCUUCUCCGUGUUUAUCAUCGGCACGAUCUGUGACAAACGACGUUGGUUUCUUGCCGAGGAACACUUUCGUAAGUCGAUCGAUUGAACAGCAUCGCCAACAGUCCAUGAUUUUCGAUGGCAGAGUCAAACUGGCAAGCGAAGGUUGGAGAUCUAAUUCCAUGUCUUGCCCGCUCAUUUCCCCGUGAUUCGAUUUGCAUAUGUAUACGUAUAUAGCCAGCUGCACACAAUGUGAUGCUGAUUAUGAAUCAUAUUUUCUGUGUUAAAGCAAUUCUGUUUUUUAUGGAGAAAACAGCUGUUGUGAUAUGUUUCUUUUUAUGGGGGGGGGGGGGCUAUUUAAAAAGAAAUACUUUGAACGGGAAAGUCUGUAGAUAAUCUAUAUCAAACUGUAAAUGAUCGUGAUAUGCAUUUUGAAAAAUCUGAAGCGCCACAGGGUACGAUGUUUCCCAAAUUCAAAUGUGAAACUAUAUGAUUUUAUAUGAAUGUAGUAAAAUGUCUCAUGUUUUGUAUCAACACAAUGUCCAUUGAAUUACUCAGCAUUUAUUUAGAGGGCAAACAAAAGACUAAAGAAACAAUGCUCUACAUACUGUCUACCGAAAUUCACGAAUGAAAUGUAGUCUAGCUAGAAAUGUUUGUCGUGCAUUGAUAUUUUGUUUGAUUAUCGCCGAGCCUAGCGGAGGCUGUUGAAAUGACAAGAUAAACACGUCGGCACAAGAACAUGCAAAUAUUUUUCCUUGACGUACACAACAAAUAUAAAGUGUACGAGAUUUCA